CACACACACACACACACACACACAAUCCUAAAAAAUACAAAUGCAAAAGUCCUCACACAAUAUUAGCAUAUUUCAGUAUGUAAGAGGUCUGAAUUUUUGAGGAAACAAUGUUUGUCGCUCUUUUCUUCUCCAUGACCUAGCAGCCUUCUAGUCAGAUCCCACUGAUGUCUUGCGUGACUAAACCAUCGUAGGUCAUUCCAUCCCAUUCCAUCCCCAGUCGUCAGAGCGACUUGUUCAAGGAGCCCAAGGCAAUCAGCAUAUACAGUAUUAUUGCCGGCUAGAGGUGCUCUAACCAGCAAGAGGUUCAAUCCUUUCGCUGGCCAAUUGUUGAACACCACUCCAAUGUACCCCUUUGCCUUGCAUUCCUUUUACUGGAGCGUGUUGUUAUUCGUCGCUUCUCCUUGGUCCAUGGUUUGCUCCUUGGUGGCGCCAACAGCGGACACCUAAACAGGUGUUGGAGCGCGGGAAAGACCACACGCUCUCCCCGGAGCCGCGGCACCGGGAGGCGGUCCGGAGGCGGAGCCUCGGCCGCACCAAGUCCUGCGUGCAGCUCUGCGCCGCCUCUCGCCGGGCCGCCGCUCUCCGCCCAGGGAACCGGGUCAGGCCGCGCCGCCCAUGGUGCUGCUCGAGAGAGCCAUGGCCACUUUCCGCUUGGCCCUCAUCCAACUUCAGGUUUCGUCCGUCAAAUCAGAUAACCUCACUCGAGCUUGUGGCCUCGUGCGGGAGGCAGCAACACAAGGAGCCAAAAUAGUUUCUCUGCCAGAAUGCUUUAAUUGUCCAUAUGGCACGAAAUAUUUUCCCCAAUAUGCUGAGAAAAUUCCUGGUGAAUCUACACAGAAGCUUUCUGAAGUAGCAAAGGAGUGCAGCAUAUAUCUCAUUGGAGGUUCUGUUCCUGAAGAGGAUGCUGGGAAAUUCUAUAACACCUGUGCUGUGUUUGGGCCUGAUGGAACUUUACUGAUAAAAUAUAGAAAGCUCCAUCUGUUUGAUAUUGACGUUCCGGGGAAAAUUACAUUUCACGAAUCUGAAACAUUGAGUCCCGGUGAUAGUUUCUCCACAUUUGAUACUCCUUACUGUAGAGUGGGCCUGGGCAUUUGCUACGACAUCCGCUUUGCAGAGCUCGCACAAAUCUACGCGCAGAGAGGUUUGGGAGAGUUUGAGUUUGUUCCCCACUGGGUAAGGACCAAAAUGGGGACUGAGUGUGGGGUGGUGUCAACCUGCACCCAUUCUUCUCUGGCCGUUCUGUCUCAAGGCUGCCAGCUGUUGGUAUAUCCUGGAGCUUUUAAUUUGACCACUGGACCAGCCCACUGGGAGUUGCUUCAACGAGGCCGGGCUGUUGAUAAUCAGGUAUAUGUGGCCACGGCAUCUCCUGCCCGGGAUGAUCAGGCCUCCUAUGUUGCCUGGGGACACAGCACUGUUGUGAGUCCUUGGGGAGAUGUCCUUGCCAAGGCUGGCACUGAAGAGACCAUCGUGUAUUCAGACAUAGACCUGAAGAGGUUGGCUGAAAUACGCCAGCAAAUCCCCAUUUUUAGCCAGAAGCGAUCAGACCUUUACGCAGUGGAGGCGAAAAAGCCCUAAGACUUUUCCUUUGUUGGGAACUCUCUAUUGAGAUGAUGGAGCAUCAACACAUGAUAUUUUUCACACCAUAUUAGAUAGUUAAAAAGGGCUCAGGCUAGCCUUGCGAGCAGAAGGAAAAGGAGAUGGCCAUAACUCCCAUUCUAAGUUGCUUCAUAGCAGUUGGUGAAAGUAUCAGAUCUUGGUAUCCUGGUGGUUGCUUCACCUGGUACCGAUAGAUUUAUGUCACAUACCGCUUAUCUCACUGCUGGGGUUAGAAUCCAUUACGUAGAAGAUUUGGUCUGGUGCCACUCUCUCUUGAGUAGGAUGUUGAAGUUUAUAUUUUUAGUCUGUGAGUAGCUAUGGAAAGCAAAGUUAUGGACCCUUGGUGUUUGCUAGAGGAAAUGGCAGCCCCAUCCCUUCCCGGCAGCCUUGGGGCUCUUCAAAUUCAAGAAGGAGCCAGUGAAUCAACCCCAGACCCUCCUGGUCUUAGAGAAAAGGUAGUAUCAACAGGGAGUCCUGUGGAAGAAUGGCAGCAGUGGCAUUUGGUCAAGGCAACUAAAGUAUGAGUCUCUGUAAAAGAUUUUCUUGAUGGGGUGAGUGUCUGAAAAUAUCUUUGUCUUUUUGCUUUUCUCCCUAGUAACACUUUCUAGCUUGAUGAAGGCAAGCUAGUGGUUUUAGCCUAGUGGUUUUCAGAAUCCUUUCGCACAAUUAAAAAUUAAGGAUUCCAAUGAACUUUGUUUUUAUGUAUGUUACAGUUGGUGGUGGGCUAAUAAACAUUUAACAACCAGCUGUCCAAAAAAAAAAAAAAAAAAAAAAGGCCCUGAUUUUGAUUUUGCAGUAGUUGCAGUAGUAUUUGCCAAUUUCCUUGGUAUAAAUACUUUCACUGUGGCCAAGUACAGACUAUCAACAUGACCCCUCUAAACACAGAGUUGGAAAUAGAUGCACAGUGGGCACUUGUGAGCUGGUGUAAUCCUGCUCUAGCACACCACUGUUUACAUAUGUAGAGAUAUUUAUCAUCCUGGAAAAUAAAACAAAACCUUACAAUAAUACACAAGCACACAUUCUGUUAGCUAUAAGAGUGAUGAUAUCGUCAUGUGUCAUUUAACCCUUGGGAACCGGCAUUGUAUACCCAGAGGAGUACAGGAGUGAAAAAGGCAAAUGACGUUUUAAAAUUAAGUCUACAAUUUGGUAAAAUUUGACACAUGUAUACAUCCAUGAAAGCGCUCUCAUCAAGAUAAUGAACCCUCCCCUGGUGUUUUCUUAAGCUGUUAUGUAAUCCCUUCAGCCACUCUUCUCCUCCCCAGGCAAUCACUGAUCAGCUUUGUCACUGUAGAUUAGUUUGAAUUUUCUAUAACCCAAAAGUGGAAUCAUGCCAUAUGUAUACUUUUUUACAUCUUCUUUCACUCAUCGUAAUUACUAGGGGACUCAUUCCUGUGUGUAUCACUCAUUUCUUUUUUAUUGCUGAAUGGUAGUCCACUGUAUUUAUCUGUUCACCUGUUGAUAGACAUUCGACUUUUUAGUUUUUGGCUAUUAGAAAUAAAGCUGCUAGAAAACA